AUGAGUGACCAAGCAUCUAAAGAUGCCGCAGCAAAGGCUCGUAUCAUAACGCAUAUGAAUGCAGACCAUCAUGACUCGGUCAUUCGAUAUCUUGAAAAUUAUCAUCACCUGCCAGGAUACCAGGCUUACAACGGCAAAAUCUCCGAUGUGUCGCUCGAGUACAUUGCUUUCGAGUGUGCCGGUAUGAAUUAUAGGACCCCCCUUGACCCUCCUAUGAGCUCUUUCCGAGAAGCACGAGAGCGUCUGGUUCAGAUGGACAAAGAAUGCCUCGAGGCGCUUGGUCGAAGCGACAUCACCAUCAAAGAGUUCAUCGCACCAACUGGAUGGUAUCUUGUGCUGUUUGGGAUAGUGUCGACGACGCUUGUGGCAUUCAGGACCAGAGCAAACUUCGAACCGGGAAGCUUCAUCUCUGCCGUGGUACCUCAAUCAUUCGCUCGAUUCUGUUGGACGAUACAGCCGCUCAUCUGGUACGGAAUGCUUGCUAUACAUGGAGCCGAAACGUGGAACAUGGCACGUGGACGACUGAGGAAGCACAAUGUCAAUAUCAGGAGCCGAGUCUGGUGGUUGUGGAUAGCCACGACCUUCAUUGAAGGCGUCGGUGCGUACAACAGAUUUGAUAACACGGUCCAAAAGAAGAGGGUCGAAAAAGACAAGCAGAAGCACUGA